AUGUCUUUUCUUGGUCAAUACACAACUGAAACAGUAAGUUAUCCAUCUCAUGGUGAAAAAAUUGCUGGUGUGUUAUAUCGUCCAAAUAAUGUAUCUAAUCCUCCUGCUGUUAUAAUCAUUGGUCCUUAUUCCUUUGUAAAGGAACAGGCCCCAAUGCAAUAUGGUACUCGUCUCGCAAACCAAGGAUAUGCUGCAUUGAUUUUUGAUCCUCGCACUGUUGGUGAAAGCACCGGGGAACCAAGAAGAUUAGAGAAUCCUAAAAUGAAGAACGAAGAUGCAGUUGCUGGAAUAGAUUAUCUUAUUCAAAGAGAUGAUAUUGAUAAAUCGAAAAUCUUUCUUGUUGGCGUUUGUCAAGGAGGAGCGCAAUCUUUGGAUAUCGCUUCAUACGAUGAUAGAGUUGCUGGCGUGUCAUCGGUUUCAGGCUACUACCGUGAUCUUGAAACAGAUAUUUAUAUGAUUUGUGCUGGUUGCGUUGAUUGGAAACUGGGUGCAGAUGUGGCGACCAUGAAAAUGCCUACUCCAGAACAAGGGAAAGCACUUUACGAUGCCAGAAUUGAAAGAGCAAAAAAAGCACGAGAUCUUUACAACACAACCGGGGAGGUCAUUUACCAACCUUUAGUUGAUCCAAAGAUCGCGGAUGCGAAUGUUGGAUCUUUGGCAGGAUUGCCGGGUCCAGUUAUUUGGUCAUGGUAUGGGCCAUGGACUUUGAAGAACUUCGAAAACCGGUAUGCUGUCAUGAGUGACUUGGAUCAUUUUAGUUAUUCUACUGUUGAAGGUGUUGCAAAGCUCACUAAACCGGCUUUAAUUAUCCAUGGCGAUAAUUGUAUGAAUCACGCUGCAGCAAGAAGACAUUUUGAUUCCAUUCCUACUGAUAGAAAGAGACUUAUAUGGAAUGAUAAAUCUCACUUUCAACAUUAUGAUCAGCCAGAUGUUGUGGAUCAGAAUGUAGGUGAAAUUGCUGCUUGGUUUCAAAAAUUUUAA